AUGGCACUGAGCUGCCCCAAGGACUGUGUGUGUGCCAGCAACAUCAUCAGCUGCUCUAAUGCGGACUUGAAAGGCUUGCCUUUGCAUUUGCCCCCAUAUGCAGCUGUCUUGGACUUGAGCCAUAACAACCUGACCCAUGUGCGAGCAGAGUGGGCCCCUUCCCGGCUCCUUCAUCUCCACUCUCUGCUCCUCAACCACAACCACCUGAUCUUUGUCUCCACUGAGGCCUUCAUCAAUCUCCCUCAUCUGAAGUACUUGGACCUCUCUUCUAAUUUAAUUGCUUUUCUAGGAGAGAACCUCUUCAGUAAGCUGAAGGAGCUGGAAGUGCUCCUUCUCUACAAGAACAGACUCUCCAGGCUUGACCUCACUGCUUUUGAGGAGAUGGCUAGCCUCCAGAAAUUGUACCUGAGCCAUAAUAUGAUCACUCGCUUCCCCCUGGAGCUGGUGAAAAAAGAUGGAGCUUUGCUUCCAGAACUUGAAUUGCUGGACCUGUCUAGCAACAAAAUCAAGACCUUUCCUGUGGAUGCCCUGAAGGACCUCCCAGCCUGGGUGAAGAAUGGGCUUUACAUGCAUGGCAACCCCCUCACCUGCAGCUGUCCGCUCUACAACCUCUUCAGUCACUGGCAGAAACGGCAGCUGAGCUCAGCUGUGGACUUUGAAGAGGAGCUCAGAUGUGACAUAGAUCAGAACAGGAAAGGGAUCAGAAUCUUAAGCCUCAGCAACCCAGAGUUUAUGAACUGCACCAAAGUCAUGGAGCAGUCAUUCAUAGCCUACCGAGGAGAUAAUGUGACCAUCAGUUGUGACACCAGGCAGCGAGGGGUAACCAUCAGAGAAUGGGUGACACCCAGAUUCGAGCGUGUCCCUCAGGAGAAUAACAAUAGCUCUAUGCUUGUGCUGACCAAUGGAAGUCUGCAGAUAAGCAACAUUAGCAUGGAGGACAUGGGCCCAUAUAUCUGCUAUGCGGUAAGCCAGGUGUUCAACGAGACCCUCUAUGUGCAUGUGACAGUCCAUAACUUCACCCAGCAUGGGGCCUCUGACACACUCAACACUGCCUACACCACACUUGUUGGCUGCAUCUUGAGUGUCAUCCUUGUGCUCAUCUACCUUUACCUGACCCCAUGCCGUUGCUGUUGCCGCAGCAGUGAGAAGCAGGCCAACCAACAGGAGGACAGCAUCAAUUCCUCGAUGCUCAGCACCACUCCUAACCACAAUGCUGAGGUGGCUGGAGGCAAGGAAGUAUCAAAGCGCCACAUGACACCAAGUAAUGCACAAGGCCAGAAUGGCAAAUGCAAGCCCAACCGCUCCCCCAAAGAGGCAAAUAAAGGGGCCCAGAAGGCAGAGAGGAAAAUGUCGGAUCCAGACUCUGUCAGCUCGGUCUUCUCGGACACUCCCAUUGUGGGAGUUUCACAGAGUGAAGGAGGGAGAGGGUGCAGCAAAGAUAAGGCAGGAGCUGAAUUAGUGGGAUUGCUGUGA